UUCUGGUCACUCCCUUUUCAUGUAAAUGACCAGAUCAGUGACGAACCUGCACAUAUCGUACGCCUUUGACAACCUGUCAGAUGGAAUCAGACUGAAUUACAAGUGCGCUGAAAAACAUAGCUAUUAAUGGAUAACGGCAGCGAAAAAAAUAAUGGCAAUGACCAAGUUGCCCCUGCUCUGCGGUUACUAAUCGUGGGGCAGAAGCGGACAGGAAAGAGUUCAGUGGGUAACACAAUCCUAGGUAGGGAGGCAUUUAAUACAUGGGGUGGAGCAGAAAGUGCUGUAGCACAUGGAGAAUCUGAGGGCCGACAGCUGAUGCUCGUGGAUGCCUCUGGAUGGGGUACGAACGAGAACCUUGUGCCUAAACAGGAGAAACUGGAGCUAUUUAACGCCCUGUCACUGUGUGAACCCGGACCCCACAUUCUGCUUCUGGUCAUUCCCUUGCUAUACUUCAGCCACUCUGAGAAAGUGGCCCUACAAAAACGCAUGGAGAUCCUCACCGAGUGCGUGUGGCGCCACACCAUGGUCGUGUUCACCCUCGGGGACCGCUUGCGUGACUACAGCAUACAGGACCACAUCCAGACUGCUGGGAAGGAUCUUCAGUGGCUAAUUGAGAAGUGCGGGUAUAGGUACCACGUUCUUAAUAACAAGAUGCCCCAGGACAGACAGCAGGUCUCUGGUUUACUAGACCGUGCGGAAGACAUACUGAUGGAGAACGGGGGAUGGCACUUCUCUCUGCACAUGUACUACAGGCUGGAGGAGGAAUGGAGCCGAAGAGAGAGGGAAAUGAAAGAGAGCAUACUAGAGAGGCAAGAUGGGGUCGUGAAAACCAGCCGAGGACUGGCUGUGGUUCCUAAUCACAGUCAAAAAGGUGGUUUGCAUGUGAACGACACUCUAGUGAAAUUAGUUUACCAUGGCUAACCGAUGCCAAACAAAGUUAAGCGGCAUUGUUCCAGCAUGAAUCAAAAGAACUUCUGAACUGUAUAUAUGUUUCAUCAGCAAAGAUUUGAAGUUAAAAUAUUUGUAUGCCUUCCUGCAACUGCUCAACACUUCUCUUCAUUUAGUUCUCAUUUCACUUUAACUGCAACAAUUUCACCAACAACACCUGUUUUAUUUUAUAUGUAUCGUAAAUCUAGGCUACGCAUUAUGCAAUAUCAGUAUGGACACUGGAGAGGGCAAAUUCGAAGUUGAUACUUUACAACAUCUUACAUAAUUAUAUAGAUUACAAAAUGCAAUGAGGGGCGAUUUUAGAAUACAAAUGGUUCUAACUGUUAAUAAAAUGUUACUUUUUCUAAAA